AUGAGAGAAGUUCUUAGUGUUAACGUUGGCCAAGCCGGUUGCCAGAUCGGAAACGCAUGUUGGGAGCUUUACUCGCUCGAACACGGGAUCACUCCAGAUGGCUAUCUUCAAGAAGGUUUAACUCAGCCCAAGGGUGGUUCUGAUGGAUUCUCCACUUUCUUCUCAGAGACUGGUUCUGGAAAGUAUGUUCCAAGAGCUUUGUAUGUUGACCUUGAGCCAAACGUGAUCGACGAGGUCAGAACUGGAACUUACCGCAAUUUGUUUCACCCGGACCAGUUGAUUUCCGGAAAGGAAGAUGCUGCCAAUAACUACGCCAGAGGACAUUACACUGUCGGACGCGAACUGCUUGAUGACAUUCUCGAGCGUGUGCGCAAGAUGGCUGACCAAUGUGACGGACUCCAGGGAUUCUUGUUUACCCACUCGCUCGGUGGAGGUACUGGUUCUGGUCUCGGAGCUUUGCUUCUGGAGCAAUUCUCCAACGAAUACGGGAAGAAGGCCAAGCUGGAGUUCGCUGUUUACCCAGCCCCACAGGUCGCCACCUCCGUAGUUGAGCCAUACAACACCGUUCUGUCCACGCACAUGACUUUGGAAAAUGCAGACUGUACUUUCAUGGUUGACAAUGAGGCCAUUUACGACAUGUGCCGCAAGAACCUGGGAAUCUCCAGACCAAGUCUUGGUAACCUCAACAACCUGAUUGCGCAGGUGGUUUCCUCUGUUACAGCCUCGCUCAGAUUUGACGGUUCACUCAACGUUGAUCUGAACGAGUUCCAGACCAACCUGGUGCCAUACCCAAGAAUUCAUUUCCCAUUGGUUUCGUACGCUCCGGUGCUCUCCAAGUCUAGAAGCACGCACGAAGCCAAUUCUGUCCAAGAGAUCACAAACGCGUGUUUCGAACCUGGUAACCAGAUGGUCAAGUGUGAUCCUAAACAGGGUAAGUACAUGGCCACCUGUUUGCUCUACCGUGGUGACGUUGUCAACCGUGAUGUCCAGACCGCUGUGGCCCACGUCAAGACCAAGAAGUCUGUUCAGCUCGUCGACUGGUGCCCAACAGGAUUCAAGAUUGGUAUCUGUUUCCAGAAGGCCACCCCAACUCCAGGCUCCGAGCUCGCCGAUGUCGAGAGAAACGUGUGUAUGCUCUCCAACACCACUGCGAUUGCCUCCGCCUGGAACAAGAUCGACGCCAAGUUCGAUCUCAUGUACAAGAAGAGAGCCUUCGUCCACUGGUAUGUCUCGGAAGGUAUGGAAGAGGGCGAGUUCGCCGAAGCCAGAGAGGAUCUGGCCGCUUUGGAGAACGAUUACAUUGAGCUGGGAAGCGACAGUCUGGGUGACGACUACAAGGAGGAGUAUUGA